AUGGAUUUCAGUGAGUUGAAAAAAACUAUAGAGGAGAUGGAAAUAGUGGAUGGUCAUGCUCACAACUUAGUUGCACUUGACUCAAACUUUGCUUUUAUCCAUGCUUUUUCUCUAGCUCAUGGUGAUGAUGCUCUUGCUUCAACACAACACUCUCAAUCCUUCAAGAGAAAUCUAAGAGAUGUAGCUGAAUUGUAUGGAUGCGAUUCAACUUUGGAAGCUGUUGAAGAACACAGAAACGUUUCUGGAUUAGAAUCUAUCGCCUCAACAUGCUUCAAAGCUGCAAGAAUCUCUACAGUAAUCUUCGAUGAUGGAAUAGACUUGGACAAAAUAAUUGAUACCGAAUGGCACAAGACUUUUACUCCUCAUGUUGCUACACUCGUAAGAAUUGAACGCCUUGCUGAGAAAAUCCUCAAUCAAGGUUUGGCAGAUGGAUAUUCUUGGACACUGGACUCAUUCACUACUGCAUUUCUAUCCAAGUUGGAAUCAUAUCCUUCAAAAGCUUCUGUCUCUCUUUUUCUAUACACAAACACAAAAUAA